AUGAACGAGCUCAAGGCGUGGACGUGCCCGCACUGCGUCGACGAGGCAAAGGUGCUCGCGACGGGGGGCACCGACGGCAUCACGCCGUUGUGGUACGUCGCAAGCAACAACUCGCACAUCAUCGUCUCCCUCGCUGGAACCAACACGAAGCGGCUCGACAGCAUCAACACGAACCUGCAGUUCCUGUCCCUUGUUCCUCUGCAGGAACACUUCCCGAACACACUCAUGUCCGGAGUCCGGAUACACUCGGGGUACUACCAGGCCUUCAUCCUGAUCCAGGACGCGAUCAUGAGUGCGAUCAAGUCCGAGAUCGACAAGACGGCCACGAAGGAGAUCGUCGUGACCGGUCAUUCGCUCGGCGGCGCCAUCGGCUCCAUUCUGGCCACGUAUCUCCUGCUCCAGUUCCCGGACAAGGUGACGGGACGCUUCUUCGCCCCGCCCCGGCAGGGCAACCAGGCCUGGGCCGACUAUGUCGAUAAGCUCUCCAAGGGGCGGAUUCAGCACAUGAACAAUUUCAACGAUAUCGUGCCACACCUCCCGCCCCGUGCGCUCGACUACAGGCACUACGGGCACGAGAUCUACAUCACGUCCUGGGGCGGGGAGGAGUACAUCUCCUGCGAGGGGCAGGAGAAUCGUAAGUGCACGGGCCAGUUCAUGCGCGCCGAGGAACUCAUUGGGUCCCUUGUGCCACACCUCGAUGCCAUUGUGCAUUCUGGCCCAUACGCAGGUGUCAUGAUGGGCUGCGUCGGCGACUUCCAAAAGGUCGGCGAUGCGGGUGAGGAGAAGCCGACGAAGCAGGGUACAACGAAGAAGCCCCAGCAGAGCGAGGAGGACAAGAAGAAGGACGACAAGAAGGAGGCGUAG